GACAAGAACUGGUUGACACGUUGUAGUUGUGCAUGCGGCGAGCUUUGGCUCCAUUGAACCAAGGUAUGUCACCAGUAUAAAAAGGCCGUCCAGUGCACUUCACAGCCACCAUUAAGUUCUUCACGAGCUGAUCUGCACAUUCGACCAUGUUCCGCACUUGCCUGCUUCUUGCCCUGGCCACUUGUGCCUUUGCUGGCUAUGCCGGUUACCCAUACGGCUACUCCCUGGCUGCACCGGUCUACGGUGCAUACCAUGCCCCACUCGCCUCAUUGGCGACUGUGCACCAUGCCCCAGCAUUAGGCUACGGCUUCGGAUACCCUGCCUACGGCUACGGUCUUGGCAGCUACGGUCUGAGCUACGGCUAUGGUCUUGGUGGGCUCGGCUACUCUACCUUCCUCCGCAAGAAAUAGGGACGUCGCCGCAGACAUGCUCGCUUGAAUAAAGUGAUGGAAACUUA